AUGCCAGACCUGCAGAAGUGUUUAGGAAACAGGGGGGGACAGAACAACAUGCACAGCGAUGCCCACCGCACUCUUCCGACCAAUUACAAUCAACCACUGCUGCUGAUGUGUCAACAACUGCUCGACAAGUGUGUGUCAUGUGGAAAUAACAAUGUGAAGGUGUCCAAAUGGGUGGAACAAAGUAGCCUAUUGUUGUCAAAGCAUCGGGAAAUGGGACCUCAGCUGUGGGAGGCAGAGGACCUUCUGGACCAACACCUUCUGUUGUGCACACAGGCUGAGUCUGCCGGUCAUAACGCCAACAAAGUAAUGCAGAUCCUACAACGUCUGCAAGUUCCGUGUACAGGGUCCCAAAACAUAAUUGGACUAGAAGCGCCCAAUGGACGUAUCUCUCAUUUGGCCCGCUUGAAGUAUUUGACCGAGCAGUUGAAAGGUGGAGACAGAACCAGGACAGUCACCGAACUCCAGCUAGCUGCUCGGGUCUCCACAGUCUUAGACGCGAUGAAAAAGCUGAACAAGAUUGUUGAGUGUAACGUGCGUGUGCUACAAGGCUAUGUGUCCUUCCUCAAGGCGGCGCAGCAGCUGGAAGAAGACAUUAAGAUCCACAGGCACACACUGGAAGGCAAGAAAGAGGGGGAAGAUAUUAUUAUCAAGGCCGGAACUUCCUGGUUGGAAACCAUGCAAAGGGUCGUCACAAUCCAGAAAGAAGCCAGCGAGUUCAUAAGCAACAUUGCCAAGGCAUCGACAUCAGGCUUGAACCUGCAGUCUGUGGUGACGGCGGUGCAGCAGUUGUCAGAGCGACUUGGCAAAAGUCAACAGGAAGUUGCCGACCUGCAUAGUCAACUUGAAAUCAAUAACAGGCAGGAGGAAGAGGACACAAAGUCCUGCAGGAAGUACCAGGAGAGACUUUGUGAGGCUGUGCGGGACUUGAAGGAGGUCUUGAAGCUGUUGGACUCUUGCACUCAAGUGGAUCUGGGCUUCCACGAGCAGACCUUGAGGCUACAGCAGCAAUUUGGACUCGCUAAACCCUAUUUUGCUAGACUGGACGAGCAGGCCCAGAUCCUGCUGAAAAACUGGGAUGCCCUGACACCAGUCCAGAACCGCUUGCUGCAGGAAGUAGUCAGCACAUCUUGGAGUUGA